AUGACCGCUUACACCAGUUUCCAACAGUACGAUCUGUUAGACUCCGAGGGUUACGGGUCGGCGAGUAGCCCAGAGUCGAAUCCUCGUAGCUGGAUUCAUCAAGAGAUCUAUCCUCAACCGCCGAGAUCCAGGGGUAGCAGCUGUGGUAGCGUGAGCUCGUUGGAUUGUCAAAAUCGCGAGUAUCAAGAGAUCGGUGCAGCGAAUGGCAGCUUUCACGUGACCGCGACCGGCUUCACCGAGUUCUACGAGGGUUACUACCAAGAAGGUUGCCGAAACGAGCACCUAAUAGGCCAUUCGAAUAACAUGAGGACGGCGAAGGAGUCGGCCAGGCCAGCAUUCAGGAUGAACGAGUGCGCGGAGAACGUUUACAACGGUGUAUCCAGCCGCGCCGAAUUCGCCGGUGAGAAUGCUGCGGCCAAACAAAGCGCCGACACCCCGCCAAAAAUGGAGCACCACACGAGCAAUAUCUUUAGCAACGGCAGGUGCGAGUUCGGCCAGAAUCAGGAGAGUUUCUUCGCCGCGAAGAGUUAUGGUAUCCCGAAAGGUGAUGGUUUUUUGCCUAGAAAUAACGGCAAUCCUUAUGGGCAGAAAGGCGACAUUCUUUAUUUGGGUGCCACGUACAGCGUGCAGAGAAACGAAAACUACGUUCAGAGCCAGCAAGGCGGCAAAUGCGAGCCGUCCAGGUACCACCAAAAAAACGACGCUCUCCACAUCUCGCCGAUGGAGUACCCCGGCCAAAAGGCGAAGGAGAGCAUGCAGAAGAUCAAAAACGGCACGCCGGGUAUCGAGGUGUUGAGAAAGAGACGGCUGGCGGCGAACGCGCGUGAAAGAAGAAGGAUGAACAGUCUGAACGAUGCUUUCGAUAGGCUCCGGGACGUCGUGCCUAGCCUCGGCAAUGACAGGAAGCUCAGCAAAUUCGAGACUCUACAAAUGGCGCAAACGUAUAUCGCCGCGUUGUACGAGCUGUUGCAAAGGGAGUGAAAACUCUUGCGACGUAAAGUUCCAGAUAGCCUUCGAAGUACUUACUUUCUUUGAAAGAAGGAAGAGAACGACGAGAGGCAAAGGCGAGGAGCGUUCCUUUCCGGUGAAGAGAAGAGUCGAGCGCGUAAAAAGGCUCGAAGCUAAAGUACUGCAUCAAUUUCGAGCAAAUUCGUUGACGGAGGGACGCGGAUGGCCAAAACAGGCGUCUCAAAGUCUCCGGUUCUUGCAACCGGAGCGUAGUUUUUCGCAUCACCGUGAAAUCUUCCGUCACCUGCGAGAACGAGGGGAACCGUAGCUACGUAGUCGCUCAUCGACGACGACAGAAAUGGUCUUGAAACGAUGUUCCAGCUGGAAGAACGCCAGGACGAAUCGGAUCGAGCUGAAUAUCGUCGAAGCUUCGUUGCACGAU